AUUUCCUGACGCUGUCAUCCAAGAACUCCACACGACCAUGAUGGCGGCCUUCAGUGUGGCUCGGAGCAGCUGCGGAUUGGUACAGGGGUUGAGGACGUCUUUUAGGAGUUUUUCACCGGUGAAAUGUGGCGCAGUUGCCUCUGCAGUGCCGCAGACGAACCUGCUUCGAGGCUCCCGGUGGUAUUGUAUCAGCCACCUGACCGUUAAGGAGAGGAUUGACAAGAAACGAAAGGCGGCGCUAGCCGGGGGAGGUCAGAAGAGAAUAGAUGCGCAACACAAAAAGGUAAAAUCAGCAUUAAUGGAGUUUAUUUUAUACAAACCUGCAGCUACACACAUACGAAUGCAUGUUUCCGUGAUUUACAGACAGCUGGAGUGAUUCAGGUAUAGAAGGGUCCACCUUGCUCAGGGUUCAGGGUCAAUGAGAGGUGGCUGCUGAAGUGCUGAUGUUUUCCUACACACUGUAAAGCGACCUUUAAAACUCUGUGCUGAACUGUAACUUGUUUGGAUACAAUGCUCUCUUUUGUUUAAAACCCACCUUGCCGAUUUGUUAUGCUCCUGGGCAAGGUCCAAAGCCUCAGUCAAAUUCACGUUAUAGCCGUAUCCUGUUUGCACGCUUUACAUUAGAGAUGCACCGAUCCAUUAUAUUUUAUGAUCCAAUCCCAUACAGAUACCUGGGCUGAGCGUAUCGGCCGAUAUCAGAUACCGAUCCGAUCCUACUGUUGAAUGAAUAAACUGUAUACCUUACCCUGUGAGUGACGGCAUCAGGCGUGACAUUAGCCUUGUUAACAAAAAAAAAAAAACAAAGUUAAAAAUUAACACAUAUAAAUUUACUCCAUAUUAUUUACAAACAACAAACACUGGAUCAGCGUCAUUCAUCAGAUAUCCAAUCCAGUUAAUUUGUCAAUAUCGGAACCGAUAUCCGGUCCAAGUAUCGGAUCGGUACAUCCCUACUUUACAUUAAAUCCUCGUAAUAUUACGGUAGUGAAGAUGGUGCCACCUGAAAAUGAGAGUUCAUAGUCGUCUUUACCGAUAAAAACAAUGUUAAGACAACAGACACGUUUGGUUGAAUGAGUAAAGGACACCCUGUACUGUGACAAAAGAUAGAUGCAGUCUCCAUGCUUUUAUUUUGACAUGUACACAAUACAAGUAGUUCCUGUAAAAUUAUGGUUGAUAUGGAUGUAUGGUUUCCUCUGUAAAAAAGCAUUUAUUUAACCAGUGAAUAUAUGAAAAGUGAUGCAAAGAAACUUAAUUUUGGGUUUAAUAUGAUAAACAAAGAAUUAUCAUUUGUUUAUGGGUAAACAAAAGAUAAUUUUUUGUUUACCCAUAUUUUUACUUUGAAUAAAUAAGAUUAUAAUUUUAAUAAGUUAAUAAGUUUUUUGUUACUAAGUGCACUUGAAAACCAGUUAUUGCUGUAAAAUUGCACUGGUAAAUGAUCCAAAGUGUUUAACUCUUAAUGCAUGAGAGUCUCUUCCGCUUUGCAAAUUUUCUGGUAUCAUAAUUUAAUGUGAUGUGUUCCAGGGUAAGCUGACGGCCAGGGAGCGAAUUGAGCUCCUGCUGGACUCUGAUUCCUUUGUGGAGACUGACAUGUUUGUGGAGCAUCGCUGCUCAGACUUCGGCAUGGAGCAGGACAGGAACAAGGUAACAAGUCACACAUGUUGGCCGUACCUGGACAACAUAAUUUUGAAUCCAGUUGAAAGAGUUUGAAAUAUUCAUUUUCUUCUCUGUUGUAGUUCCCUGGAGACAGCGUAGUGACAGGUCGAGGCAGGAUCAACGGCAGACUGGUUUACGUUUUCAGUCAGGUACGGUAUAUAAUUAUUUCUCAACCGUCACACUCGGGGUACACAAUACACAAGUAGCCUGGUUUGAAAUGCAGAGGAGUGUACUUCUUUUGAACUUUUACCCAUUUUUAGGACUUCACAGUGUUUGGUGGCAGUCUGUCUGGAGCUCAUGCACAAAAGAUCUGUAAGGUAAUUGAAAAACGUCUCUCCCAGCAGCAGUGUUCAACAGCAAACAUUUCUCAGGUGUCUUUAUGUGUAACCUUUUAACAACUUAACAUUUUCUAUGCUCAGAUUAUGGACCAGGCCAUGACAGUAGGAGCCCCGGUCAUUGGGCUGAACGACUCUGGAGGAGCUCGUAUCCAGGAAGGAGUGGAGUCCCUGGCUGGAUAUGCAGAUAUUUUUCUGGUAUGGAUAUCUCAUAAAGUACCUUUUGUAAAAGAGCGUGCCUGAGUCUGACAAGUUAGAAUGCUGUGAAAAUGCUGAUUUCUGUAUUUAAAGAGAUAUUCCGGCCAAGUGCUCAACCAAAACGCUACUCUAUAGCCACAAAUAAUGCUCAGAACAGCACCUAACUUCAUCAACAGUACAUAUAGGGUCCCAGCCGUAGCACUAGCCACCAAACAUCUUUUUAACUUUGCCUGAUUUCUUAAGCAAAGAGACGAAACACAACUCACCUACUCUCUUCCAGCAGCCGGAGACCCCCGGGCGAGUCCAUUGAUGGCAGCGGGGUGACGCAGCCCAAGGAAGAACAUUUAUGAUAAUUUCUUUAUCAUUUCCUUGGAGUAAUAAUCACCAUAUUAAUCAUUUUGCACUGUAGACGCGGUAGUUCUUCUUCCUUAGCGUCUCGGCCUGAUUGCAUUUCCAUGAAGAAAUGAUCGUAAAUGUUCUUCCUUGAGCUGCGUCACCCCGCUGCAGUCGAUGGACUUGCCCAGAGGACUCCGUACAAACAAGAGAGAGGAUGAGUUGUGUUUAGUCUCUUUGCUAGAGAAAUUAGGCAAAGUUAAAAAGAUGUUUGAUGGCUGGGACCCUAUAUGUACUGUUGAUGAAGUUAGUUGCAGUUCUGAGCAUUAUUCGUGACUAUAGAGUGGCUUUUUGGUUGAGCGCGUUGCUCUCUGUAUUGCUAUCUGCCGUCAUUACUAAAGUUGUAUAACUAGACAAGCAAGCGGUCAGCAACAUUCAUCUCUCAACGGGGGUGUCAAACUCAGUGUUACGGUGUGUUUGACCCUAACUUAAUUUUACGCCGGAAUAUCCCUUUAACUGAAAAUGGAAAAAUUGCAAUUUGCAGAAAAUGUGUGGUACUGCUGAGGGCAGUUAGUACAAAAGAACAAAUAUGAGAAAACUGUUCAAGAAGCGCAUGUGUUAGUUGAAUUGUAGUUUUGAUAGUAAACAAGCUUGUGUAGAAGCAGUGAGAGCACAAGACCAAAAAUCCUUCAUGAAACUUUUUAUUGUUUCUCUUGUUUCUUGACAUCAUGAUGAUUUUUUUUAAAAACACGACAAUUUUUAUUGCCAGAGGAAUGUGUUGGCUUCAGGCGUCGUCCCUCAGAUCUCCAUGAUCAUGGGUCCUUGUGCAGGCGGUGCCGUCUACUCCCCUGCUUUAACAGAUUUCACUUUCAUGGUCAAGGUAAGGAGCUGAAUAAAUAACAUGACAAAAUUUUUAAACACUAAACCGCAGAAAUAGGUGAUUCACAUUUUAAUCACGAGCUCCACUGGCCUGACAGCUGUGUGUUUCUGUGUGUGUGUGUAGGACACAUCGUACCUCUUCAUCACAGGACCUGAUGUUGUGAAGUCUGUUACUAAUGAAGACGUGACUCAAGAACAGCUGGGUGGAGCUAAAACUCACACGUCUGUGUCUGGUUAGUGGAGGUGUAAUGAUUUUUAUGACUUUGGUGGUGUUUCUGUUGUUGUUUUGUUUAGUACUCUAACAGUUUUUAAUCAAAGGUUCAGAAAUUAGGACUCUUAUUUCUUGGUUUCUUGUUUUGUGUUUUUAGGAGUGGCUCACCAUGCAUUUGAGAAUGACGUUGACGCCUUACUUAACCUGCGAGAGUUCUUCAACUUCUUGCCACUUAGCAAUCGAGACGCCGCCCCCAUCAGGGAGUGCCAUGACCCCAGGUAACCAAUCAUCUCAUCUGUCUAUCCAUUUAAAUCGCCCACAUUUUAAAAUAUUGACUGAAAUCACGUUCUUCUUUUCAGCGAUCGCUCAGUACCCACGCUGGACACCAUUGUCCCGUUCGAGUCGACCAAAGCGUACGACAUGUUGGACAUCAUUCAAGCAGUACGUGUAAAAACACAAACCCUCAUUCCAAACCAAACUUGUCAACUUUUUCAACAACCUGUUAAAGUUUUCUUUUCACGGGCCUAGAUAGUGGAUGAGAGAGACUUCUUUGAGAUCAUGCCCAACUACGCCAAAAACAUUGUGGUGGGAUUCGCCCGCAUGAACGGACGCACUGUAGGCAUCGUUGGUAACCAGCCCAAGGUGGCAUCGGGUGAGUAAGACAUUUUAAGGCUUUUAUUUUGAAAUAAAAAUGGUCUUCUUUGAAGCUCCUGUUCAGAACAAGCUAAUUUAUAAUCUGUUUUCAUGUGUUCACUCUUUGAUUAUCAGGUUGUUUGGACAUCAACUCCUCAGUGAAGGGCGCUCGCUUCGUUCGCUUCUGUGACGCUUUUAAUAUUCCCAUCAUCACUUUUGUGGAUGUUCCAGGUUUCCUGCCGGGUAAAUCUCCCUAUGCAUUCACUCUGUAGUCGAUAAUACAUGUGCACCUGGAUGACAGAUAGGACUAUCUGCUUGUGCAUUGAAAUUUUUCACACUUGAACUUGUUUUAUUUGCUGUGAUGUUAUCAACAGGUACUGCUCAGGAGUACGGAGGCAUCAUCAGACAUGGAGCCAAACUGUUGUACGCUUUUGCUGAAGCUACAGUCCCAAAAAUAACCAUCAUUACAAGGAAGGUGAGUGUCAACAUGAGAAGUGGUAGAUAUGGAAAAUCUGAAGUGAGAAGUGGUUGGGGUUAGAGGGAGAGAGGGCUUUCAUUGACUCAACGUUGCAUUUGUCUGUAUAUUCCAGGCUUAUGGAGGAGCCUACGAUGUGAUGAGCUCCAAACACUUACGAGGAGACGUGAACUACGCCUGGCCCUCAGCUGAGGUUGCUGUGAUGGGUGCCAAGGUAAAAAUUCUUUCUUUAUCUGCGGUUCAGUUUUUCCUUUUUCUUUUUCUUUUGUUGUUUUGACAGCGUGUGUGGUCUGCUUCCUCCGUUCUUCCUCAGGGUGCUGUGCAGAUUAUCUUCAGAGGAAAGGAAAACCAGGCGGAAGCAGAGGCUGAGUAUGUGGAGAAAUUCGCUAACCCCUUCCCAGCUGCUGUCAGAGGUAACAUAAACUAUCUUUUUUUUAUACAGCUUUUCAAAAAUACGCUGUUUUUCUUGCAGUAUCUUAAGAGAAAAUCUAAGAACAUCAGCGCCUUUACUGCCAAAUUCUUGUUCCAGGUUUUGUGGAUGACAUUAUCGAGCCAUCGAGCACUCGUAAGAAGAUCUGCCGAGAUCUGGAGGUGCUGGCCAGCAAACAGCAGGUCAACCCUUGGAAGAAACACGCCAACAUUCCUCUGUGAAACUGGUCCCAUAAACUAUAUUAAUGGCACACUUUGGGAUUUUUCCACUCAAAUGAACUGCAGCGGUACCUCAUGAUAACAACAGAUCAUGUUGUUGUAUUCUGUAGUUAUUUACCUCUCCUGAUACGCCACUAAAAGAAGAAGAUAAAGAUCUACCCCAGAUUUUGAAGUGCUCAGAAGUAGCACCAGAUCACUUUCAAAUCCUCACACAUUUUGCAGCUGCUUCACACACGAACAGAAUACAGAGAUGUUUACGCACUAUAUCUCAGCCAAUCAUACUGUCAGUACUGGCCAUAUUGGUCACUGUUGAGUAUGAUUUGACAUUCAAGAACAAGAUUGUAGCUAAAAGACCAGAUGUUACCGGUAAAUAAAGGCGUGUGUCAGAAUGAUUGGUAGAUAAUGCAAUACUGUCUGUAGUCUGUUUUAGAGUUAUUCAUGUACUGUAUCUAGGUCUUGUUUCUGUCUGCUGUGUACAGUAGUUUGUACUUCCAGACGCACUCUUUGCGUUUGUGUUUAAGGUCAAGAGAAAUCCUUCUUACAACCAGAAACUGUGCCUUUUCUCUGUGGCAGGCUCUGCUCUGUCCUUUGUAAAAUAAAUCACAAACUUCAACGAGAGCGUCGUCUUUACUUUAACUUUAUUAUCAUGAAUCAAUUUAGUGUUUGCUUGUUUUUUAAAGUAUGACGUUACACUAAUAAAAUCAUUUAAUUCAAAGAAA